CCGGCGUCCCUUCUUUUCCAGUUUGUGAACAGUUGACAACAUAUCAAAAUUGAAAAGGUUUACGAUAAACGGAUAAAGCAUCAGUCGUUUCAGCUUUCGUUUGAUCUAAAUGGCAACAGAAUCGCUUAAGCUUUGUACGACUUGUAAAUGGCGAAUUUGACCCCUAUAUCUACGGCAUCAUCGACAAGUAGGACAAGAAAUUUAAAGUCAAAGAGCGCAAAUGGUGGUGGCAUCAGUGAUGAUAACAUCAAGGUGUAUGUGCGUGUGCGACCACCUGACAGCUAUGCCAAUGAGAUUGAUCAUAAACCAUGCUUGGAGGUCACAUCUCGAACCUCAUUGACAUUAUUUUCCAAACCUGAUCCAAAGGUCUUUACAUAUGAUCAAGUCGCUGAUCCUAAUACAACACAGGAGGAAGUGUUUACAUAUGUUGCCAAAAAAAUCAUUGAUGGGUGUCUUGAGGGAUAUAAUGGAACAAUAUUUGCUUAUGGGCAAACUGGAUCUGGAAAGACAUUCACUAUGCUUGGUCCAGUGGAACAAGACAGUUUCAAUCAUGAGCUACGAGGUGUCAUUCCACGAGGAUUUGAAUACUUGUUCAAUCUUAUUAACAGGGAAAAAGAGAAGCUUGGUGAUAAGGUAGAAUUCUUAUGUCAAUGCAGUUUCCUUGAGAUUUACAAUGAGCAGAUAUUUGAUCUUCUUGAUCCAACCUCAACUGGACUACAACUUCGUGAGGAUAUCAAGAGAGGAGUUUUUGUUGAUGGGAUGUUAGAGAAACCUGUUUCUAGUGCAAGAGAUGUCUAUGAUGUGCUAAACUCUGGCUGGUUGAACAGACGGGUUGCAUCGACUUCAAUGAACAGAGAGAGCAGCAGAAGUCAUGCUGUGUUCACCAUUACUAUAGAAUCCAAGGAGGUGAAAGGAACCAUAAACAACAUCAAAGUUUCUCGACUUCAUCUUGUGGAUUUGGCCGGAUCUGAGAGACAAAAGGACACACAGACUGAAGGACUGAGACUAAAGGAAGCUGGUAGUAUUAACAAGUCUUUGUCAGCAUUGGGAAACGUUAUUAUGGCGCUUGUUGAUAUCACCCAUGGCAAACAAAGACAUGUUCCUUACAGGGACUCGAAGCUUACAUUUUUAUUGAGGGAUUCGUUGGGAGGAAAUGCUCGUACUCACAUCAUAGCCAAUGUUCACCCAUCCGCAAGAUGUUUUGGGGAAACGUUGUCAACGUUGAAUUUCGCCAGGAGAGCAAAACAGAUUAAGAACAAGGCAAUCGUGAACGAAGAUACUUCAGGAAACGUGGCCAGCCUACAGGAGGAGAUACGAAAGUUAAAACUGCUGCUUAGCGAGGCCAGAGCUGGUAUCAACACGAUGUCUCCAUCGAAUAAAGAAUUGUCCAAUGCGGGUGAUUCACCGAGCCUGCAGUCGGCACCAGGUCACCCGGGCGAGGCCGCGUCCCAAGAUGGUCCAGAUGAGUGGAAGAAAAUGAUGCUCACGGCGAUCAAUCUGAAAGAGAAAUCCGAACAGGAAAAACAGGCUUUGGAAGAGAAAGUGAAAAAACUUGAAGAGUUGUGUAAGAAAAAGGAAAAAUUUUUACAGUCCACCAAGAUGAUCCUGAAAUUCCGCGACGCCCAUAUCGCUAAACUGGAGAAAUCACUGAAGAAAAAUGGAAAUGCGUUCACAGCCGACGAGAGAGACAAAGAGCUUGAAAUUUUAAGGGAAGAAAUAAAAAUCUUGCAAGAAAAAGUCGAACACCAUCCAGACGUGACCAGAUUUGCAAUGGAAAAUCUCGAGCUCAGAGCCGAAUUAAGAGCCCAGCGUUCAAAUACCGAGGCGCACUAUGAUUUGUCCUACGACCUGAGCAAGACGAGAUUUUAUGCCAUGCAGUUGGAGAGAAAGUUGCGAGAUUCUUUAAACACUCCUGGAAGCGGCGAUCUGGAGAAGAGUCUUUCAAGUUCAUUGCAGAGUCUCGAGGCUUCCAAUGCUGAACUCGAACGGUAUAAAAGUGAGUUGACUCAGGUUCAAGGCCAUCUUGAGGCUGUGAAAGAAGAACUGCAUCAAACCCGAGAAGAUUUGCAGCAGUCCAAAGAAACGUUGGUCGAGAAAGAAGAUAGUUUUAGAAAGAAAUUUCUCGAGUCAAACGCCGAGAUCGAGUCCUCUAAGAAAACAAUAACAGAACUCCAGAGAACUUUGGAAACUCUCCAGCUGAAGACAGCUAUCGAGCGUACCACAUUGAAUGAUGUUCACAUGCAAGCUAUACGGACAUUAUCCUCUCCCCGAUCGUUCACCAGCACGCCGAGCAGAAAGCGUCCACCCCAUCCCCAUCAAACCCCUGGUUCACCCCACCGCCACAGCACGUCGGGCAUUCUGGACGAGCAGGCACCUAAUGGCCUUCCCCUCACACGACGCGACAGCUACCACGAUGUGAACGAACCUGACCUCGAAGAAUCUUUCUUGAAAUACGAACCAGGCACUCCCGAUGACGAGGAAAUUUAUCAGGAGACUUUGCUGGAAGAACUAAGGCAAUUACAGGACAUGUAUAAUGUCGUUCUGCAGGAGAAACAGAGCGAGGAGGCGCAGAGGAUCAAGUUAAAUCAAAUGAAAAAUAAACUGGAACUCCAAGUGGAGCAACUGAACGAGUUUCUUUCGAGUGAACGAACGAGAUUUGGAAGUGUUGAAACUGAUCUAAAUAAGAAGGUUAUCGCACUGAACGAUCAGCUCAAGGAGGGAAUGUCGGAAAUCACAAUUCUCAAAAGCGAAAACGAGGAUCUGAAGAUAUGUUUACAACAAGCUGAUCGACAAAUUGACUCCCUGAAGAAAGACCGCGAUGUGGAUAAAAUAAACACGGGGCGUAAGGCAGCUUCUUUGGAGAGCAAGAUAUGCACGCUUGAGAUUGAAUUGUCGAAUACGAAGGGCGAGAUGGAAGAAAUUCUGGAAAUCAAUCAAAACUUUCAGACCGACGUUGAAAACAUGCGCGAGGAACUUCAGUUCAAAGAUCACAAAUUAUCAGAAUGGGAGAACUUGGUGAUUGUUGAACGAGGAAAGCUCAAGUCGCUGAAAAAUGAGUUGGAGAGUUGCCUUGAAAAACUGCACAUGGUUACUGAAGCAAAUGAGAAGUUGAAUACGCAGGCUGAUAAACAACAGCAGUUGAUCGCUGCUUUGGAACAGUGCGUUGACCUCAAAGAUGAACUGCAACAAAGUAAUGCUCUUUGCGAAGAACAGGGCGAAAAAAUAAUUGCAUUGAAUAAAAAAGUAGCCGAACGUGGCGAGUUGGUGUCUGAAUUGAAACGACAAGUCCAAGAAGAGAAGGACUAUCGUCUGAAGCUUUUAGACUCAGUCAAAGAGCUGAAGUCAACUCUAUGUGAGAAAGAGUCUAAGAUAACUUCACUGGAAAGUGUCAUCGCAGAAAAGAAAGAUAAAAUUGAAGAACUGACGAGUGACAUUGAGAAGAGGCAACAAGUUAUUUCAAAGUUGAAAGAAAGACUUCACAACGAAAAUGAGAAGCAUGAACAGGAACGAGAGACACUUCAAAGCGAGAUUUUAGCUCUUAAAGAAGAGGUCACGACGACAUCGGAGCAUUGCCGGGAGCUUGUGCGUACGUUGGAAGAACAGCAGCAACAAUUUGGCACAUUACAGAGCGAACUCAAGGAAAAAAAUGAUGAACUAUUUAAUCUGAAUAACAGGAUUGCUGAGAUCGCUGCCUUGGAACCGGACGUCGCGCAGAGACCCUCGGAUCCUUUUGGCCUGGAGACGAGCAUGGUUAGCUGCUCGCUAUUGGAUCAAUCACAACUGCAGGAGAUGAAGAAACGCGAGGUAAAGGUGCAGAAGGUUUUGGAAAGCUACGAAACCACGUUUCGUGAACAAGCACAAGAUAUUGAAAAUUUCAAAACGAAAAUGAAAUUGUUGGAGGAGAAGUCGUGCUUCGAGGAAAAAGCAAAAGACUUGGAAAUUGAACUGGAAAAUUUCCGGACAGAGAUGAAGGAAAAGGAGGUUGUAAAUGAAUUUGAAAUGAAGCAAUUGAAAAACCGCGUUUCUGUUUCCAUGUCUGCCUGUGAUAGCGCUAAUAAGUUGAAGGAUGAAGCCGUUCAAAUGAAGCUAGAGACUGAGAAAAAGUUAGCAGAAAUGACAGGUCGAGUUCUGAUGGCGGAAGAAGAUUGUGCAGCAAAUUAUGAGUCCGUCGUGCGGCUGACAGACACACUGAAGGAAUAUCACCAGAAAGAAGAUCAAUGGAACGAACGCUUUGGACGUGAAAUGGAGGCAAAGUCGAAAUUACAAAAGGCCUGUAAAGAGCUAGAACAAAGGUUAGAAAAAGCCAACGAAGACAACGUAAGAUUAGCUGGCCAUCAAAAUUCGAGACAAAAAAUUCAGUACAUAAGCGACAUGAAAAAAGACUACCAAGCCCUGAAAGAGGAGAAUCAGAAAUUGACCGCCAAAUACCAGAAGCUUCUGUAUGAGAAGACCGAGGAUAAUCGAAAACCCUUGACGAUUAAGAACGAAAACGUUUGACAACUUAUUUGAUAAUCUUUUAGUUCACACAAUAACAUAUAGGAAACGCAAGGUAAGUCUCGCUCCUUGUAAAAUGCACUAGUUUUAACAUCUGAAAUGUGAUUAUUGUUUAUACGUAAAAUAAAUGCAUGAAA